UUUGGGUGCAGCAAGUAAAUGUAGAGAAACGGAGGAGAAGCGAGUAGAGCACAGCAUUGCGAGGAUGAACCGUGAGAUGAAACAAAAGUGGAAGGAAAUCAAUUUGUGUCUUUACUUCCAAGGAAAGUGAAAAUUUGUUAAGUCCAAAGUGUUGCAUGCUAUUGCUAGUCCUACGGCUAGGGGUUAGAAAAAGUGGCCAGUCUGUAUAUUUCCGACGAUGACUGCAACAUUCGGGCCAGUGAUACAAGUGAAAGUUCGAAGGAUGAUGAUUUCUUAGUUAGAGUUCGUGCACAAGUUAUGGCCAGAGAUGAAAGUACUGAGGGUUGGUUACCACUGCAAGGCGGUGGCCUGGCGAAUGUCUCCAUACGCAAACGCGCACGGCUGCCACCGGAUGGUGGUGGUCACGAGUACAUCAUAUACGGACAAAGAAUAUCUGACCAAACAGUUAUCCUAAGUUGUGUUAUUAAUAGAGAUUUGCAGUACUUCAAAGUGAUGCCUACGUUUCACCACUGGCGCGCUGGUAAGCAGCGAAAUGGGCUUACCUUCCAGACGGCGGCCGAUGCAAGAGCUUUCGACAAAGGAAUCAUCCGUGCCUACGACGAUUUAAUCGAUGGCAUGGAUGAUUAUACCUCACACAACAAAUACAACGAUUUUGAUAAAGUUGGCGAAGAUGAUGUAUUUAUGACUUUGGAUCUACCAGUUGAACCCUCUGAAUCGCGAUCUAAUUCCGAGGGUAGUGGAAGCCAUCAAAGCGUCGAUAAACAAUCACAGCAGCAGCAAUCUAGUAUUCAAUACAUAUCGGGCGAUAAACCAUCACCUCUGUUAAAGCCUGGUGAUGACAAAGUUACUCCAAUAGUACCUGGUGACAACUAUUCGUACGUUCAGAUCACUGAUCCAUGCGACAUCAAGUUAAAAUAUAACUUUUAUAACUUGAAGGUGCAUGAGUUCAACUACCCGGUCGUUGACGAACCAGUCGGAUCGAUACUCAGCGGACGCCGGGAUUCAACGUCAAGUCUGAAGAAACGUAACGCGCUCGAUGCACCACCGAUGAAGGAGGCAACACUCAUCAAGACCCGAUUACGCUGCAGGUAUUGCCAAGAGUUCUACAACGAUGAAUGGAACCACAAAGGCUCGUGUGAUUAUGCACCAGAUUGUUUCAAGACCGCGAUUGAGAAUAUGUCCGGUAUGCUGUGUGCACGUUGCAUGCUCUAUCAUUGUAUGAAAGAUUCUGAGGGAGAAACGGCUUCUCAUCCCUGCUCGUGUUCAUCGGAAUCCGGUUGCACAAAACGAUGGAUUGGAUUGGCUCUUCUGUCGCUGAUAGUGCCCUGUUUAUGGUGCUAUCCACCGUUACGCGCGUGUCAUUGGAUCGGAGUCUCGUGUCGGUUGUGCGGUGGGAAACAUAAACCGCAAAUUUGACAUCCGAUCAAGAUCAUCAACCUAACAAGUAUUAAUCGGCUAGACUGAUAGCCGAUGUGCAGCUCUCAAUGCUCUUACUGAAUAGCUACUAAUACUGACGUUUAAGGAACAUAGUACGACUUGUGCCGUAUUGUGCAAAUGAAAAAGUGAAAAAAUGAAGAGUUUAUCUUAGACCCACAAGUAACACAGAAACCUACCAAAGUGAUAAGAACACAAACAGAAUACAGUUGAAAGUUGAAAAUUAGCAACAAAAAUACAAAGAAUUAUGGAAGUUCUGCUACAACUGAACAAUAAAUAAAAAUUAAAGAAGAAAUAAGAAUAUCGCUACAUGUAGAGGAAGUCAUAAGUAAAAAAACAUUCGUUGAUGUCUAACUCUAGGAACAGAAAUAUAAAACAAGCAGACACAUCAAAACUAGCGAAAUCAAAAUCUAAGGGCGCAGAAAAAAGCGUAAUAAUACGGCAAUGAGUAUACAAGAAGAAUGAAGGAUUACAGCAUGGCAUUGUCCUAUAGAGGUGAAACGAAAACAACAAUAGAACAUCAACAAUUUCAUUGAUAACUGUCGAACUGGACUCAACAACUGUAUAUUGAAGGGUUACACUAAAAGGAAUCAAAUUUCACCAGUCAUAAAAUUUAUGAUUGAAAAGAUACAAAAAUUUUAGAAGUAAAAAAUCAUAUUCUGUUGUUGUAUAAAACAAAUAAGUAUGCUGCAAAAAAUAUUCUAAUAUUUCCUAACACUGCAAGGUAUUACUGUUCAGUUCAAAUUCAAGUAGAUAAACGUAAUUGGUACAAUUGGAUAUUAUUCCGCGAAAUACAAAGCAAAUAGCUAACCAUCAGAUUUUUUUACAAAGAUUCUUCGUUGGACGUCUGCGAAACGAUGAACGAAUUAAUAUGUCGUUCAUUUCUAUGUGACUGUGACAUUGUUUCGGACAUAAUAUUAAUCAUAAGUUCGUAAGUUUUAUAGAUUUGUUAUAUAUUUACUAGUUUACAUUGUCCUUAUUUGUUUGGUGAGCUAUCACAAAUGAAAAGGGAGAGAAUGUCAACGUAUUUAUAAGAGGGAUGUGUACGGUAUAGAUAUAUAACUAUGUAAAUUACAAUACCAUUAAAACACAUAUUGCAGAGCUAUCUAAGGUGACGAAACAUACUUUAAGGUUCAACAGUACAUUAACUUAAUCAUUGCAACAGAACGUGUAAAGCCAAUUGUCUUUUUGCUGAAAAAGCCGAGCUGUGCUCAAAAAAAUUCAUUUAUUCGUGGGAUGAUCCUAGCUAAACGAAUCGACCUCCAUUUGCAGAGAAACCUAUCAUCAAGACUAUGCAUCCUGCGGAAACGAAAAUAUUUUCACCCAAAAACAUUCUCCCACUGAAGGGAGUUUAUCUUCUAUUCUCCUUAACAGUUCUGUGCCAUAUGGAUGCCUACUCAUGUGACUGGUUCCUACAAAAUGGAUAUGUGAUAAAGGCAGGGCAUCACCUGCAGUUGUAGAAAAUAGGGAAGGCGAAGUCAUUGUUUAUAGCAGAGAAAUAAGUAUCGCGCUGAAGAUUUAUCUACAUUGUCAUCUAGCCAGGGCAUCCUUGCUUAUUUAUGUUCGAAGGGGUACACAAUAUCUGAAAGGUCAGCGUGGCAUUCGCAAUGGGCUCUGCGAUUGCCAAACAUGACCUUUUAUUGUCGAACAACACACGAAAUCAAUAAUGGAAAAUGUUUAACUAUUACGGUAAUGCAUUCUGCAUCAAACAUGUAUGUUUUAGUAUAAUGAAGAGUCUAAUUAGGACUAUUAAAAUAUUAUUGAAUAAAUUAUGAAAUAAAACUAUAUUAUAUGGAGAUAAAUCAGUACGAGGACAUUUGAAAAUUAAUAAAAAUCUAUUACCACCAGGGAAUAUUUAUGUGUAAAUGGGUAAACGACCGAAAAUAGUCUAACAUAAUAUUUUAUCAGAAGACUUUGAUUUGAUUCUGUCGGUAUGGAUCUCAUUUGUCAUAAAUAUGCAACCAGUUACACGUACUGAAACUUUCUUCUGUUAGUUUUAUUUCUACCAUAUACAUGACGAAACCAGGAAUGCAAGAUUUUAGUUUCUUUCAUUCACAUUACUGUUAUUACUUGAAUAUUAACACAUUAGUUUGUCAUGUUCGAUUAAUGGAACUAUAGGAUGAAAAUACUAAACAUAAAUCAAUAAUAGCAUAGCAAGAACAGUAGAAAAAGGCAAAUUUCAUGCGAAAUUUAAAUGAGUUAAAAUAACGAAGAAAGAGUGGAAUACAUGAAUCAACAGAACCAGUGUCAGGCAGCAUACAUAUUUUUAAUAAUUAGUGCAUUAAGUUUUCAACGCGAAAUGAAUCUGAAAAUGUUGGAAAUAUUAUAUCGGAGGGCAUCGUGAGCUUUUUAUUUCUUUGUAUUGUGUUUCAACUAAUAUCUGUGGAGGUCAGUACUAAAUAAAUAGAACGAUUUUCGAAAAAUAA